GUACUCAACAUCUCAGUAUAACAGAACAACUUCACAAUACACCACAUCACACCACAAUGGCUACUGCAGGAGCGGCAGCAAUCGUCGUGCCGGCUGUGAAGCGACACACGUCCACUGUCAUCGUAGCUCAUGGUCUCGGCGAUAGCGGUGCAGGAUGGGCCUUCCUCGCAGGAGAAUACCGACGCGAAUCCCUCUUCCCCGAAACGAAAUUCAUCUUCCCCAACGCUCCGAGUAUCCCCAUCACGGUCAAUGGAGGCAUGAAGAUGCCAGGAUGGUUCGACAUUGCCAACUUUGGUGAUAUCGCCAACAGGAGCCAAGACGAGGAAGGUUUAUUGCGCUCGCGAAAGGUGUUCCACAACAUGAUCGAAGAGGAGAUCAAAGCGGGCGUCCCCAGUGAUCGCAUCGUAUUGGGUGGGUUCAGUCAAGGCGGUGCCAUGGCUCUGUUGGCAGGCAUCAGUAAUCCCACGAAGCUGGGCGGCAUCUUUGGACUCUCGUGCUAUUUGCCCUUGCACCAAAAGACAACGGAGCUGGUGCCCACGGACGCCCCCAACAAGGAAACACCAAUCUUCAUGGGCCACGGCGACGCAGAUCCCGUGGUGAAGUACUCGUGGGGUCAAUUCUCGGCAGAACAUUUGAAGGGGUUAGGAUACUCGGUGGACUUGAAGACCUACAAAGGCUUGCCGCAUAGUGCUUCGCCGCAAGAACUGCUGGAUUUGAAGGCAUAUCUCCAGAGCAGAAUUCCCGAGAUGGGGGACAAGGCUGCAUCAGGUGCCAGCGGCAGCUUAUGACUACCUGACUGGGCACGCGGCGCAUUAGCCCGGGAACCGUAUGAUGCUGGGGAAACAAAGAUGGCGUUAGCGGUCGUGGGCAUGUUGCUGUUGUGGGUAUUGACGGUUGCAGUAUGGAAGCGAUUGAAGAACUGGUUUUAGCGCUCAAUCCUAUGACAAUCACGAAAUGAUAUAAUAUUACAAAUGCUGCGCGAACUAGCGUUUGCGGGACC